CGCUUCGAAACCACUGCACCUGGAUAUGGCGAUAUUUAUCAACAGAUGCCUCGUGGUCAUCAAUACAUAGCGAAUUGCCUGUUAACGUAUUUUCUCGCGUCGCCCUCUGGUGUGGUAAAAGUGAUGCCGUGAACCAAUGUGUAAUUUGUAUUCUUUGGGACAGAGGAGGUGUGUCAAUGUGUGUUUGAUCGUAAACAAAACAUGGAACUUAAACAAGAGGUUGUGAAUGAUUUACACAUUAAUCCGAAUUAUAUAAAAAUUUCAGGAAAUUUAAAUGUCAAAUGUCUGGUUCAUCAAAGUUGGCUCUCACAGUUGUUAACAGAGAAGAAGAUUCCAUUAAAUUUUUCAGAUUAUGAUUCUUUAAGUUACACAGAAUGUGAAUUAAUUUUAAAUCAGUCUUCUUCUGUUCAAAUGUCUUCAUGGCUUGUAGUAGUUAUAAAUGCAAUUCCAAAAUGUCAAGGCAAAGUCCAAAGAUUACCAAGAAUGCAAAAUCAAUUUCAAGCUAAUGAUUUAAGUUAUUUUCAGUUGAUGCAUUAUGUUUCAGAAACAAAUUAUCGUAAUUUAUGGAAAGAUGCUUGGAAAAAAUAUUUUUUUUCUGAACACAAUGUAAAAAAUAGAAAUAAAGAAUUACAAGAUUACAAUGAAGUGAUAGAAGAAAUAAUUAAAAGGUUAUAUCAAUGUCCAGUAAUUAAAAUUUCUGAAAAUUCAUUUGCGUCAUCUCAAGGUUCAAGAAUUGACAAUUUAUUACCAAUGUUUUGUGCAAUUGAAGCACCAAAUUACUAUUAUUUAAUCCAACCUCAUCAAGAAUAUACUUUGCAUGAUUGUGUUACUUUUAGUCCUGCCAUUCUUGAAUCAUCUACAACUCGAUGUCUGUUUUUAAUUUAUCAGUUACUGUAUGUUCUACAAGAGGUUCACAAUAAAGGUCUAUAUUUGGGUAUAAUAACUUUAGAUGAUAUAAAAGUUAGUCAAAAAUUAUGGAUAGAAGUAGUACCAAAACUGUGGAAUGAUAUUUUAAGUGAAGCUAAGACACAAAGUAAUUUUGUAAAUUUUGAAUAUUCCUCACAGACUGAGAGUAAAAAAAAUUCAAAAAACUGUGAAAAAGAAAUUUCUAUUAAAGAAAAUAAAGAACAGUUACAUUUUUUAGUGAAUGCUUGGACUAAAGGUGAAAUAUCGAAUUUUGAUUAUCUUAUGGAACUAAAUAAAUUAGCUGGUCGUGAAAUGAAUAAUCCUAGUUAUCAUCCUGUUUUACCAUGGAUCAUGGAUUUUACUGUACCUGAAGGAGGUUGGCGAGAUCUUUCAAAAUCAAAAUACCGUCUAAAUAAGGGUGAUAGACAACUUGAUUUGGUUUAUGAGUCAGCUGCAAAUGGUUCCAAUGCUUCUUCUACAUCGGGAAUUUUUAUUCCUUUAGACAGUGCAAUUCAAGUACCCCAUCAUGUUUCAGAAAUUCUUUCAGAUAUUACGUAUUAUGUAUAUAAAGCAAGGAGAUUGCCAGUUUCAGUUCUUUGUCAACAUGUUCGUCGUAAAUGGGUUCCUGCUGAAUAUCCUGCUUCUAUACAGCGUCUUCAGGAAUGGACUCCUGAUGAAUGUAUCCCAGAAUUUUAUUGUGAUGCCACCUUAUUUUAUUCUAUUCAUCCUGAUUUACCCGAUUUGGCAGUUCCAUGGUGGUGUAGUGGACCAGAGGAUUUUAUUAGAAAACACAGGAUUGCAUUGGAAAGUGAUUAUAUUUCAGAACGUCUUCAUCAUUGGAUUGAUUUAACAUUUGGAUAUAAGAUUGAAUUAUCUGAUAAUAGCAAAUAUUUUGUUUUAGUAACAAAAAUAUUUAAUUUUAAUGUUGGUGGUAAAACAUUUCUUAAUUAUUUUUUUUAUAGAUGCUUUCAAGAAGCUUUGAAAUUACUACUACAAAUUGAUUUUUCAAAUAAAGAAGCAAAUGGAAAAGUUUUGCUUCCUUCUCAAUAUCCACCUGUAACUUUUAGAGGAUUACCUCCUCCAUCUGCUCAUCAAUUACUUCAACCACUAAUUCAUAUUCUCCCAUUUCCUUCAUAUUUUCCAGAACUUUAUAGCUUUAUUCAACAAAUGAACCAUUAUUCUGUUUGUCUAGAAGACAUAAAAAAUAAUUUUAUUUUAGAAAAUAAACAUGAUAAAAUUAAUAAUUUAGUAAUGGCAAAAAUUAAUCUUGCAAUGAAUACUUUACCUUCUUUAUUAAAUAAACUAAAUGCAGAAGGACUUGAUUUAUUAACUCCAUAUCUUCAAGACCUUUUUGAAUGUCCUGAUACAGCUUUACUUGCAGCGUGGCAUUUGUUUAAUAUAGUAGCACAAGCACUGGGCCCACAACAAACUGUUCGAAAACUAUUAGUUACAAUUAUUCAUUUAUUUGAUCCUGAAGUGCCUUCACCAAAACACUUAAAAUUGUAUCAUCGUUCUUAUUUACUACAAUUGAUGGUUAGGCUUGGACUCCUUACAUUUCUUGCACAUUUCAUGACUUUAAUUAUAGAAGCAACUGGUGGAUUUAGAGAUUUUUCAUCAAAUCAUAGUCCAAGUGCUGCACAUACAGAUACGUCCGAUUCCACUAUAAGAAAAGGUUCUCAUUUACACUCUCCAGAAUUAGAACAAUUGGUACAUGAUGUUGAAAUUGAUGAUAGUUCAUGUCUUCCUGAAACUGUUUCUUCUCCUUAUGAUGAUGAUUCUUCACAAACAGAUCUUUUAAGUAAUCGUAGUGGAAAGAAUAGUGGUAAUGGAACUGAUGGAGAACCAGAAAUCUUUAUAUUAGAAACUGCUGGAGAUGAUGAUGAUGACAGUGAAUUAAUAAGGAACGAAGAAAAUAAG